AUGUCGGUUGAAGAAAAGGACAUCGCUGUCUUCGCCAUCCAUAUCAUCCUACGACUCAUCACUGAUGGGGAAUGCGUAGCGGUCGAGGGGGGCGCGCGCAAAGCUAUCUCUCGUAGUGCUGGUGAUGUCGAUGAGUCCUGGCACGCAUCCAUCAACAGACGGGGGAACGCGUCAAAACAAACCCGAGAUGAGACUGACGGACGUACCAAAGAGUCAUUGAGGAGCAGCCACCGGCGGAAGUGCACCAUUGAGGAAUCGCCGUGCCAAGACAUCGAAGACAAUGUGCGCGCGCUGUUCAGUGAAGCAAAGACAAGCAGACGAGGAACGUUGGUGGUCGAUGCUGGCAAUCAAGAUAACAGUUAUUCACGCUCGAGACGCCUGCUUCUAAAAUCAGGCGCUGCUAGUCCUGUCACACGUAUGAACCCGAGAGUCACUCAAUGCCAAUCUCCACGACAACUAACGCGCCAAAACGCCAAGGGAGCGAAGAGUAUCGUGAGGUACAGAGGUCUAUCUAGCAAAAGUACAUUGGCUUUCACAUUAGCAAAAAGUUCACGGUGGCAGUGGGUGAAGGAUGAUAGCGGCAAGUAUGUGAAGGACCUGCGCUUCUUGACGUACUUCUUUAACCAUUAUGAACCGAAAGCGAAAAGUGAUAUCAAUACAAGUCAACGAGACGAGGAUCGUGAAUAUACCUGUGUAGGAGUCAUAGACCAAGUGGCGACGGCUUUCGGUCAAGAGGUCCUAGUAGCCGUGUUGGAGGACGUGAAACGGAAUUUCGACUACAUUAGGGCUAGCGGUACCGAUGUCCACAAUGGCUACAACAAUCAAGCCAUGUCGGGGGGCAGCUCGUACAUGGAUAGCGACCAGACCAGUCAAAUUCUGAGUUGUCGAGAUACUCCUGCUCUGGGAAGGCAGCAUAAUCAUAGUCAAGUCGAAGUUCGCGUUCUCGGUGACACGGUAGUCGAGACUUUCUGCAUUGGUGUUCUAGGCAGUGUAGGCGAAGGGGAACCGAAGAUCAGGGAGGAAGCAGAGAAGGAAGACAAGGCGGUAAUGGACUAGGGUGCGACGGAAUGACGCUGAGGGCUCCGACGACAUUGCCGAC